AUGGUUCUCGCCGUUGACCUGCUCAACCCCAGCCCUGCUGCUGAGGCCAAGAAGCACAAGCUCAAGACCCUUGUCCCUGCCCCGAGGUCCUUCUUCAUGGACGUCAAGUGCCCCGGCUGCUUCACCAUCACCACCGUUUUCUCGCACGCCCAGACUGUCGUCAUCUGCCAGGGCUGCACAACCGUUCUCUGCCAACCGACCGGUGGAAAAGCCCGUCUGACCGAGGGCUGCUCGUUCCGGAGAAAGUAG